GAGAUCUGUGCAGAGCGAGUGAGAGUGCAAGAAUAGGAGGCAGAGAACAAGAAGGGGGAGGCCAUGACAUGAGCUAGAGUGGGUGAGCGAGAGACUGAAACAGAGUUCAGACAAUUGGAUGAGGAGGUAGAGAUGGUGAGCACAUGGGUGUGGUUGGUCAGCUGUUAGCCCAUCAGCCUUUCCGGAGUGACAUACAGAGGAAAGCAGCCUGGAUGAUGGGGCCAAGGAUGAAUCUCUGGACCCGGGGAGCUCACAGGAUGGAUACUAGGGUGUAUUUUUCAUCUUUGACCUUCAUCCUCUUUGUCAUGUUACAAGUGUCAACAGCUCAGAUUCCCACAACUGCAGAUCAAAUGCAGUCUGUGAGCAACAAUAUGGCAAAAGCAACAACAAUGCCCACUGCUCAUACUCCCACUGGAAGUGGAGUGAAGAGCAGAUUCACCAGAGAGGCUGACACCUCCCCGGAAACUCCCACCAAUAACAGAACCACAAGCCAGCAAAAUAGCACUACCAGCAAACCAGUCAAUGUCAAAACCAUUACAGAAAUUAAGACUACACUAGCUCCCAAUAAGGGCACAACUAAGCAACAAACAAAACCACCAGUGACAUCUUCUCCAUCCAUAACUGAGAAAACCAGGAUCAAUUCAGAUUUUGCCUGGGACCAGAAGCUGGAUGAAAAAUUCACCUAUGAUUAUGAGUCCCUGCGCUAUGCUGGAUUGAUCAUUGCCGCAGUACUUUUCGUCGUUGGCAUCAUGGUCAUUGGCUGUGGCAGGAUCUGUCGGCUGCCCAAGUGUAAAAAGAGGUCAUCUAAAUCUUACCGAGUGGUCCAAGGCUAAAGAGAGAGACCAUGUGUACAAAUAACACAAGUGCUAAGAAAAACUCUACCAAAACCUGACUUUGUGUGUGUUUGUUUGUGUAUGUGUGAACGUGGACUGACUGACUGUAUGAUGCUCGGUAACGACAUUGAAAAACACCCAAUAAACAAAUAGAAAACACAAUCCAUACUCACUUAAGCUUUGUCAAAUGUCAUUUAUAUACUUAGCCCACUGCACUUAAAGUAAAAGUUAAGUAAAGUGAUUAUUUAUCUUGGCAAAUAACGAUGAUAUGAUUCAUUUUUUAAUCACACCUUCAGCCAUGAAGCGGCUGGUUUCUAAUGACCUUUUUUUAUCUUAUAACUGAUAACACAGCCAUUGGCAGUGUCUCACAAGCCAGGAUUAUUAUUAUUAAAGGUUGAAGAAUUACCCCAUAAAACCCUCUGUUUGACAAUCUGGCACAACACUUCAGGAUCUAAAACUGAGAGCUGGGUCACUUUCUCUUCCUGAUAGAUCCUUCAUGCUCUUUACACCUUCAGUCUCGACAAAAAAUGUGAUGUUUAGUAAGGGUGUCUAAGCCUCUUAGUGGCUGUAUGCUUGUAAGUGAGUAAAGCCCUAGAUUAAACAAGAUCCACUGGCGCAUUAUCUUUGCAUCCAUAUAGCUUCAAAAUGAUGCAGACAACAAACUGGGAGAAACCAAGCACAUUUUAUAAAAUAAUUCAUGUCAGUACAGCAUACCUAAGUAAUAUACAGGAGUAUUAACUGUUCUAAUUAGUAUCAGAACAAAAUCAAAUAGAGAGCAGAUAUGCAAACAAUUGAUUCAUGAUAUAUGACUGCGAUUGAUAUACAGCUAUAUAAUAUAUACAUGGUGAAUAAUGAUAUUAAAAAAACAAUGUGAAUGCUUGCACAAAUACAUAAAGUGGGAGUUCUUUCGGAUACACAAAUGCAUUCGAACAUGUGAACAGUACUAUUCUACAUUAAGUCCAAACUUAAAUGUUUUGCUAAUCUAAAAUGCAAAUAUUUCAUAUCAGAGAUUUGGGAAAAAACAUACUCUCACUCGCCACAAAUUUAUUUUUACAAACACUUUAUAAAUGAACAGUAGAGAUAACACAUCACCCCUUAAGUACAUAAAAAGACCAUUUAGCCAAAUACAUAAUGUUUUUUUCUAUGAAGAGACACAUUGCAAAUAUAUAGGUCUGUAAAUCUGUAAAUACAUACAAUAUAUUAUAUUUUAAAUUUAAAAAAAAAGUCAAGACAAACAAAAGAGAGAGACAGUGCACAUGCACACUUAACUACAGGAAUCCUGCAAAUUGUGCAGAUAUGCUUGUAUUUGUAACACGUUUAUGUACUUCUGUUCUCUUUAUUUCUUACCAUGCUUACAUUGUGACACCUUGAUACAGAUCUUUCUUUGUUUGCUAAUGUUUAGUCUCUUUGUACAUGCUUCUUAAGUGCAUUGACCUCAGGGACACCAUAGUCAACCUGAAAACCAGAACAUUUUAAAUUAAAAAUCAAUUUUCCACAUAAAUCCCACUGAGGAAGAAACCAAAAAGCUCAACAUCUAAAUUUGUAGUGUCAGAGCAGAGAGUCUUUACAGGAGGGAAUUACUAAGUAGAGUUUGGUCACAUCGGUAGAACAGGCUCCCAGACUAAAUGUUGUGUUUCUCUUUGGUUUUUUUUCAAAGUCUUUCUGCUUAUUGAAAUAAAUCUUAACAGACAAUACUCUGCUACAA